AUGGUCCACGUCGACUCUACGUUUGUGGUCCAGCAAGCCGGCUACUACGUCUCCAAAGUAGUCAACCACAAGGACGAAUCUGUAUGGUCUAAUACUCUUGCUAUUCCAUUCUAUAUCACUGGGCUUUCGUUCGUCUCUCUCGUUCUUCACGGUAUCUUUGCAUCAGUCCCUGUGAAGACGUUCGUACGAUUGGGAUGGGCGAGUGAGUCGAAGGAGGUCGCGUUGCCGGAGGUGAAGGGCGUCAGGGCACACGUCGCUGCACACGGAGGCGCGGUCAUCUUCGCAUCUGAGGUGUUGAGGGUCAUAGGAUGUGCGGCAUUGGUGGGUCUGUCGGUGACUACCUUGACGAUGAAAAGUACUUUGGACGGUUUUGUGACGAUUACCUUUAUCUACGCGUUCAUUCUUUCGUUGUUCACCGCAUUCUCUGCUCGACCGUCAAUUGUAGCUGACCAUCUGAACUUGGUUCUGGGAGUGGCAUGGUUCAUCUACUGCAUCCGUGACGUGGCCCCCUUCUUCACCUACACCGAAAAGCCAGUGGAUCAUGGAUUCCUGUUCUGGGAGUUCUUCGGUGUCCUCACCAUCACUGGAGCAGUCCUUCCAUCAAUAACACCAAGGGCAUAUAUACCUUACGACCCGUUGGAACCGAUGACACCCAACCCAGAGCAAGUCGCUUCUCCCCUCUCCCGCAUCUUCUACAGCUAUCUGGACCCUGUCGUGUGGCGUGCCUACCACGUCAACCACAUGUCUCUCUCCGACCUGCCCCCUCUCGCAGAUACCGACCACUCAAAACACCUCGUUCAACGCGCGUUCCCCCAUCUCGACCCCCUCGCCUCUCCCAACGAUACCAAGGCGACAAAUGCUAAGGAUCGUGCCAACGGUGAAAGCAAUGCUGCUCCCAAGCCGAAGGCCAGGAAACCGAGGAGUCACUUCCAUACCGUGAUCGCGUUGCUCGUCGUGUUCAGGAAAGAGUUUGGCUCGGUCGUUUUCCUCAUUUUGGCGAACAAUGCUGCAUUGUUGUUCUCGCCAUAUGGGUUGAGGCAUCUUCUGAUGUAUUUGGAAUCGGGAGGUAAAGACGCCAUCGUUCGUCCAUGGGUUUGGAUUGCCUCGCUCUUCCUCGCACCAUUCGCCGCAUCCCUCCUCAUGCAACAAUAUCAACUCCGCCUCACCCGCAUGGUCGUCUACAUAGAAGCCAUCUUCACUCAACUCGUCCUCCAACAUGCACUCCGCAUCCGUGUCGUCGCCGAAACCAAGGCUGAAGCGACCCCCACGCCUGCCACCACGUCCUCGCACUCCGAAACUCCAUUCAUCGCUCCUUCCGCAGCUGAUUCCGAGCAAGACCAAGCAAAGGGCUCGGGUUCUGGAGGCUCAGACUCGGGUCCAGCGACAGCAGAAUCAGAAGCUACCGCCGUUCCCAGUUUGAUUGGAAGGAUGAAUAAUCUGAUUUCUUCGGAUUUGCAGGCGAUUGGGAAGGCGACAGAUUUUGUACAGAUCGUCAUUGCGGGCCCGAUCAUGGUGUUUGGGACGAUUGCGUUCUUGUAUAACAUCCUUGGGUGGAGUGCGCUCGCCGGGUUUGGAAGUAUGCUGCUUAUGAUGCCGCUUCCUGCCUUUGCGGCGAAACUAUUGGAAGGCGCUUCUCGUGAAGUGUUUAAGAAGAGCGAUGACCGCGUCGAGAUGGUGACUGAGACUUUGAGCGUCAUCCGCAUGAUCAAGAUGUUUGGUUGGGAACGCAAGAUGAGCCAACACAUCGACGAGAAGCGAGAAAUCGAGAUGAACUGGAUAUUCUGGAACAAGGCUUACGGCCUUUUGACUGUGAUCUUCCAUGUCAUCAUUCCUGCCGUCACAAUGGCCGUCACUUACAGCUUCUACGCUUUAGUUAUGCAUCGUACUCUCGACGCUGCCACUGUCUUCUCGUCCAUUGCCCUUUUCGACAUUCUCAGACUGCGGAUGUCCCAAAUGUUCAUGUUCAUCCCCAUAGUCAUCAAAAGCAAAGUCUCCCUCGACCGCAUCACAGACUUCUUAAACGACACCGAACUCCUCGACGAAUUCACUCCCGAAUCCUCCACCCAGCUCGAAACCGCUGACAAUGCCAUCUCUCCCGAGGAGUCGCACGAGAUCGGAUUCCGCUCUGCUGCCUUCUCCUGGACGAAUGACAGCGCAAACCAAGGCGUCGUUACUCCUUCCAAGAGACGGUUCAUGUUGCAUGUCGAAGACGAGUUGUUGUUCAAGAGAAGUAGCAUCAAUUUGAUCGUAGGGUCUACCGGAUGCGGGAAGACGUCGUUGUUGAUGGCUUUGCUCGGUGAGAUGCACUUCGUUCCUUUGGCUCCGAGGUCGUGGUUCAACCUCCCGAGAGACGGCGGUGUGGCGUACGCCGCUCAAGAGUCUUGGGUUAUGAACGCUACCAUCAAGGAAAACAUCAUCUUCGGCUCUCCGCUCGACGAAGAACGCUACGAUAAAGUCAUCUAUCAGUGUGGGCUGAUGCGCGACUUGUCUCUGUUCGAAGCCGGUGAUCAGACUGAAGUCGGCGAGAAGGGUCUCACACUCAGUGGCGGCCAAAAAGCUCGCAUCACGUUGGCUAGGGCUGUUUACUCUUCUGCCGAGAUCAUCCUCUUGGACGAUGUCCUGGCAGCAUUAGACGUUCAUACCGCGAAGUGGAUCGUAGAUAAAUGUUUCUCUGGAGAUCUCAUCCAGGGCAGGACUAUCCUCCUGGUCACUCACAAUGUCAGCAUGGUCGUUCCCAUCGCCGACUUUGUCGUCUCCCUUGGCUCUGACGGUCAAAUACUCAGUCAAGGCACCAUGUCCGACGCCCUCGCCAACAACUCCAAACUCCGUCAGGAAAUUGCCAAAGAAAAAGCCUUUGAAGAGAAGGCUGAGCAGGAAGAGGCCUUUGAGGCUUUCGAGACUCCUGCUCCUGGUCAAGUCGUACCGGCGCAGAAGGAGGAGAAGAAGGAUGGGAAGUUGAUCAUGGAAGAGGAGACGGCGGAGGGACAUAUCAGCUGGAACUCUGUGAAAAUGUUCCUCGGCGCAUUGGGUGGACCUGGAUUCUGGAUCGGCUUCACGCUCGCUUCGUUCUUCGAGUGUAGUAUCGAGUCCGUUCAGCCAUGGUUGCUCGGCCUUUGGGCUACCCAGUACGAAACUCACAAACCUGAAGAUGUCAAUGUCCCCUUCUACCUCGGCGGCUACGUCGGACUCGUGGCGCUCAUGGUGCUUGUCUACGUUUGUGCCCAAAUCGUGCUCACACUGGGAGCCCUGAGGGCUUCGAAGUUACUGCACAGGAGGCUCAUCGAGACUGUCUUGGGGACGACAUUGAGGUGGUUGGACAAGACACCGGUGUCCCGUAUCAUCACGAGGUGUACCCAGGAUGUUUCUUCUGUCGACACGACCAUUCCGGACAUGUUUUCUCAGCUCUAUGAGUGCAUGAUCAUCUUGAUCGUCCGGUACAUCGCGAUCUUGAUCUACACGCCUAGUACUUUCUGUCUCCUGGGUAUCGUCAUCUUCAUUGUUGGUGGUACCGUAGGGAACGUCUAUAUGAAAGCUCAGCUCUCCGUCAAGCGCGAACUCAGCAAAGCCAAGGCGCCCGUCAUGGCGCACUUCGGAGCUGCUAUCGAGGGCAUCACUUCCAUCCGUGCCUACGGCGCACAGGAGUCCUUCCUGCUCAAGUCGACCGUCAAGAUCGACGAGUACACUCGUGCGAACAGGGUCUUCAACGAUCUCAACAGGUGGAUCGAGAUUCGUGUCGAUGCCCUUGCUGGCCUUUUCGUUUGCUUCCUUGGUGUCUACUUCGUGUACGGCCACCCGGGCGUCAAUCCCUCCAACACUGCGUUCACACUCACUAUGGCGGUUGACUUUGGUCAGAUGAUCCUGUUCUUCGUGCAGGUGCUUAACAUGUUCGAGGUGAACGGAAACUCGCUCGAGCGUCUGCAACAAUAUAUGGAAAUUGAACAAGAGCCGAAGCCGGUUGAGGGCGGCAUGCCACCUGCGUACUGGCCUUCGAGUGGUGACCUCAGGGUCGAGAAUCUCAGUGCGCGCUACUCUCCUGACGGCCCCGAGGUGUUGCACGAUCUCAAUUUCGAGAUCAAGGCUGGCGAGCGCGUCGGUGUCGUCGGAAGGACAGGUAGCGGCAAGAGCUCGCUCACGCUUUCGUUGCUUCGGUGUAUUUUCACGAGUGGAGAGGUGUACUUCGACGGUAUCCCUAUAUCUUCCGUCAACCUCGAUGCUCUGAGGAGUCAUAUCACCAUCAUCCCCCAGAUGCCCGAGCUGUUGAGCGGGACCCUCCGUCGUAAUCUCGAUCCAUUCGACCAAUUCGACGACGCGACGUUGAACGCUGCGCUCCGUUCCGCCGGUCUUUUUUCCGUGCAGAACGAACUUGGCGACGAGAGCACUAGUAUUAGUAUGAGUAUGAGUAUGAGUAUGGGUAUGAUCACGCUCGAUAGUGCGGUGGCCCGUGGAGGGAGCAACCUUUCUGUUGGGCAGCGGCAGAUUGUUGCGUUGGCGAGGGCGAUGGUUAGGGAGAGCAAGUUGCUUAUUCUUGAUGAAGAGUCGUUGAGGAACGAAUUGAAGAAAGACGUGACUAUCAUCACCGUCGCGCACAGACUACAGACCAUCAUGGACGCUGACAAAAUCAUAGUCCUCGACGCCGGAAAAAUCGUCGAAUUCGACAGGCCGAGUGUACUUCUCGAGAAAGCUGACUCAGAGGACGGGUUCCUUAAAUCUUUGGUGGAUGAGAGUGGCGAUAGAGAGGCGUUGUAUGCCGUUGCUGGGGGUACCGGUCGUUCAUGA